CGACGUGAAUCCAACAAGAGGAGAAGUAUUUUCUCCCAACUGUCUCUGUGUUUAACUGUUCCUCUGCAAGUGAUCGUGGGAAAGACGUUUUUACAGACUUUAUAAAAACAAAAAAUAUUUAAGACAUGGCGCUCACCGAUGCUGACGUUCAGAAACAGAUCAAGCACAUGAUGGCCUUCAUUGAGCAAGAGGCCAAAGAGAAAGUUGAGGAAAUUGACGCUAAGGCAGAGGAAGAGUUCAACAUUGAGAAAGGUCGUCUGGUGCAGACUCACCGGGUGAAAAUCAUGGAAUAUUAUGAGAAGAAGGAAAAGCAGAUUGAACAGCAUAAGAAAAUCCAGGUGUCCAACCUGAUGAACCAGUCGAGGCUGAAGGUGCUGAAGGCCCGUGACGACAUGAUCACGGAUUUGUUGAAUGAGGCUCGUCAAAGGCUUGCGGAGAUUGCCAAGGACCCUGCUAGGUACUCUACCUUAUUGGAGGGCCUGGUGCUUCAGGCAUUCUAUCAACUGCUGGAACCAAAAGUUACUGUUCGCUGCCGACAGCAGGAUGUAGAAAUGAUUCAGGCUGCAGUGAAUAAGAUCAUCCCUGUUUACAAAGAGGCAGUGAAGAGCAACAUAGUCGUCAAAAUCGACCUGGAACGUUUUCUUCCAUCACAGAUCUGUGGCGGAGUUGAAGUUUAUAAUGAUAAUGGGAAGAUCAAAGUGUCCAACACUUUGGAAAGCAGACUAGAACUUACGGCACAACAGAUGAUGCCUGAGAUCAGAGUGAACUUGUUUGGUGCCAACCCCAACCGCAAGUUCACAGAUUAGCAGUGGAUUUGACGAGAGCAGGGCAAACACGGGUGGAACAUAUAAGGUGACCACAGACCAUCACCAUAGUGAACAGGAGUCCGUACAGUCCACCUACCAAUCAUUAGGGUCAAAGGAAACCCUGAUUUACUUAAUGGGAUGCCACGGACAUGUUCAAAUAUCUUUUUAUUUUUGUACUAAUGGACUGAAUUCAACAAGUGCACUUUUGCUGAUGUGCCCUCUAUUUUACCUCUUCAGGGGUUGUCUUGAGAAAUCUGUUGCUCUUUUCUACUUGAUGAAAGUAAUCAAAGUUACAUUAUAGGUCACCAAAGAUACACAUUUUCAUUUCACAUAUAGCCUUUGAUAACGUUGAUUAUCUGGGAUGUUUGCCAAAUGUUGCUUGACAGUUUGUGUGUGUGAGCGCGUGUGUGGGUAGAGAAAGCAUGUUUACCAUUGUUGUGAAGCACUUACAAUACGAAAAAACCAAAGAAAUAAAUGUGUGUGACACAGAGA